CAAGGGCCCUGAACGCACCUACGUAGUGACGUAGCGACUGCACCACGUUCUAAUUGACGUUUGACCUGUUUGAGCGACACCUUUGCAUAGACUAGCUACCCUGCUUUAUGGGCGUUAGACGCGAAUUAAGACGAAAUGAUGGACAGAGUCGACAACCCCAGCGCUGUAACUUGCACGUUGUGUGGCGAGGCAUACACUCUGCCUGAGGAAGAUGUUGAUGGCAACCUCCCUCGUGUGCUUUUAUGUGCCCACAUCUACUGCACAUCUUGCCUGCUGUCCAUUCAGUGUGACGGUGUCAUUAGAUGUCCAGAGUGUGAGGUUGAGUCAAACCUUCCUGAAGGUGGGGUGUUUGGCCUGCAGGAAGAUAGCAGAAUCAUUGGCCUCAUCUACACUUCUAAAAUGAACAAGAUGAAAAGGUGUGAGAGAUUUAAGAAUCGCAAAAGGAACAAAUUAUCACCGUCCACAGACAAUAACGCCGAUACCAAGCAAGUGGAGCAGCCAGCUGAUAUUAAGGACAUUGAGAAGGCGGUGGAUGAGGCGUUGGUCCAAGCUGCAGAAAAUUAUGCCCUUCUGGACCACAUCCAUGAGUCUUUGAUGACUGGCCUGGCAGAAAAGUUGAAGAGAGAGAGAACGGGGUUGGAGAUUGAGAUCAAGCAAGCUGCAGACAAGGCUUUACAUGCUAUUCAAAAGUGGGGAAAUGAGCAGCUGCAAAAACUGGAGGAACAAUUCUCCACCAGCCAAGCACAGGUGUGCUGUGUCCAGGAGAGGAUGAAGGCCCUGGAUAUUGCCAUGAAAAUGGCCAGAGAAGUACGCCGUGUCCCCUUCCUGGAGCAGUACUGUUCUCUGGAUAAGGUUCUGGAGACGUUGCAUUCACCUGUGGAUAACCAGUCGUUUGAUAUGAAACGCAUUACUAUGGAUUUUGGAAUGAGCUGUGUUUUCUUGUCAGAAUGUGAGAACCAGAGUCUGUCGUUGUCUCUGAAGAUGGAAGUUAGCAACCCAAAGAACUUGUCAGAGUCUCCACCCAUAGAUGUCCGGGAUGGCUUCAACAGAAAGUCCCCCAGGCAACGGGCAAAGGGCAGCAACAAAAACUGUAUCUUACCCAGUUGCAACAAGUUCCCCACCCCACAAACCCAGGACCAGAAGAGCCCGGGAGCUAACACUGUGUCCUCUCCAAGUCCUACACCUCGUUACAGGCCCAACCUUUCUAGCCACAACUCGUCCUCAGAUCAUGAAACUCCCGAUGUUAUUGUUGAGGAGCUUGUAAUCCACGAACAAGAGAACGCUCUCCCACCCACUAGCCCUGAGCUGGCUAAUGACAAAUGGAGAGGCCCCAAGAGAAUAAAAAACCUGAUGUUGAGCAAUAAGAGGAAUGGCACCCAGUGGGUGGUUGUUACCCACAUUGUGAAUCCAAAUCACUUCUACGUCCGCUACUUGGCCGAGAAGAAGGACAGCGAGAUCCUAUCUAAGAAGAUCCAAUCCUUAUGCAACGAACGCAGUUCUUACUUCACUUCUAGUCACACGGUGGAGACUGGCUCCAUGAUCUUUGCAAAGUGUAAAGAGGAACGCUGGUGCCGGGCCAGUGUGGCUGAAGUUUUGAGGAAAGGAUGUGUGGAGGCUGUGAAAGCCUGCCCAGCCACCCAGCUGGCCAGUAUCCGAGUCUUCUUCCUUGACUAUGGAUACUGCAAAAUCAUCACCAUACUGAGUGAGGAGGGAAACACAGAGUCUACACUGAAGGCUGUGAAUAACUGCCUGAGGAAGGUGCAUGAAUGGGUGAAUGUAGAGCUGCAACACUUUGUUCCGCAAGCAAUCAGAUGUUCACUCAAGGACCUGAUCCCCUAUGACCUGACUAAGGGCUGGAGUAAUGAGGCGCAGGUUGAAUUUCAAAGUGUGGUUGGCUCUGCAGCAGUGGAGAUGCGGCCUUUGGGUCAGGACAGAGACUCUUUAUUAGUGGACCUGAGGAAGGUCUCCAUGGACCAAUCAAGUGCUCUGCCCAUUUCUGUCAGAGAGUUCCUUGUUUUCAUCGAAGUGGCCAGGUUCUAUUCUCCAGUGAAGUUGGGCAGGAGGCCGCUGCUGUACUAUCCUCGUGACUAUCCCAAAUUCAACACAGAGCUCAAUGCUGUGGUGUCCCACAUCAACAACCCUUCUGACUUCUACAUCCAGCUGGUUGAUAACAUGGAGUCUUUGUUGCUCUCCACCAAGCUCCAAGAGUGUUACAAUGCGACAAGAGUGGCUGGAGAAGAUGACCUCAACAUCUACUGCCCUGUGAUCAAACAGGCCUGUGUUGCCCGCUAUGGCGACAAGUUGUGGUACAGAGCUCAGGUCAUAGGUCAUCCAGGGGGCAGAAAAGUGGAGGUGCAGUAUGUUGACUUUGGCAAUAAAGAUAUCCUGUCAGUCAGUGACUUAAGGAAGAUCAAGGAUGAGUUCUUUGCCCUUCCCUCCAUGGCAAUCCACUGCUCUUUGUCAGAUGUGAUUCCUUUGGAUGGCAAGACAUGGAGUGAUGCCUGCUGCAACAGAUUUGUCAGCCUGGCUCACCAGAAACCGGUCACUGUAGUGGCUAUAGGAAGAGCCCCCAAGACUGAGCCUCUGCCAGUCAAAUUGUUUGAAAGUGGCCUAAAUGGGCCGCUAGCCAACAUAGCUGGGCUGCUGGUCACAGAGGAGCUGGCUUCCUUCAAAGAAGGACUUGAGUCCAAGGAUAACAGGCUCCCUGGGGAUGAGUCUGCCAUAUGGGACCCUCCACUUGAGCUUGGCAACACAUGUGGCGUUGAUGACCCGGACCAAAAACAAACUGAAAAGCUGUGUGAGGAACCGCUGGAGGUUCAGUGUUACCUGAAGCUCUCUGAUCAACUCAAAGACCUAAAGGUCACAGUCAGCCACGUCAACUCGCCGAGCAGCUUCUACGUCCAGCUAAGCCAGUACAACUCUCAACUCAAAAGGAUGUGUGAGCUGGUGAAGGAGAGUGCACAAAUGGAGCCCCAAGAUGUGGUGUGGAAAGCAGACAUGUCCUGUGCUGCUCACAUUAACGGGGUUUGGGAGAGAGGACGGAUCUGCGCUGAUGUCACAUCCAGCAACAUUGUAGAGGUGAUGCGCUGUGAUCAUGGGAACAUGGUAAAGCUCGACGUUAGCUGCCUGCGUCCCCUGCCGUUGUCCUUGAAGGGUUCUCUGGCAUUGGAGUGCACUCUCACUGACAUCAGGCCAGCGGGAGGCAGAUCCACCUGGACGGCUACAGCCUGCGACAUGUUCUCCAACUACCUGACUGGGGCCUCGGCCGUUAUGACCAUCAAGGAGUUGACAGAUGAGCGUCCAGUACCCGUCACACUGUUCUGCCCCAACAGAAUGGGACAGUUGGUCAGCAUUGCAGACUUUCUGGCCAGUGAAGGCCUCGCCCUCAAGGAAAGAAAACCAAGAGAUGCUGUAAUUCAAAAAUCCAAAGAAACUGAUCCAAAGUCUGCAGUGAGCGAGACUAAAACUGAUUGCUCUGAUGGCGAGAACAAAAACACUCCCCCAGCUCCUCUCACUUCUUCACCCUCCUCUUCCUCCCUCAACUUCACUCCCACUGUACCAAUACCUACCCCCCGCACCAUUAUGUCUGCUCAGAAGGUGCAGACUCAGUUGUACCAACCCCCUGAGCUGCCAUGCCUCAGUCACAUCAAGAUAACUGUUACUGCCAUCGGAGAGGACGGUGUCAUUUACACCAGAACACAGAAUGCAGAGUAUCAGCUGGACCUGCUUCAGGAGAGGAUUCAGCAGAGUAUGAAGACAUUGCCUAAGCAGAAGCCAUACACCUGGAAGUCGGUCCUUGGCUGUUCCGUCAUCGGACCUGAUAUGCUGUGGUAUCGAGGACAGCUGCUGGAGGUGCUGGGAGGACAUGUCAAGGUACAAUAUGUGGACUAUGGCCUGGUGGAGAGCAUCCCGGUGGUCCAUGUGUACCCCAGGCUGUUGUGUGAUGACAUUCCUCAGCUCUGUAUGCCCUGCCAGCUGCACAGCAUCAACCCUGUUGGUGGAAAGUGGCAGCGGGAUGCGGUGGCCUUGCUGAGGGAGGUGUUGUUGAACCGCUCUGUGGACAUGCAAGUCAUGGAGCUGCCGGCUGACCCAAGGGGACCCCUCAAAGUUGAGCUCUUCCUGGACAGGCUGAGCCUCAGCAGGAUCCUGUGCCACCACGAACACGCUUCCAUUGACCGGACUGUCUCGGCACAGGAACAUGCAGCAAUGUCUCCUGCCCUCCUCCUGGAUGAUUGGGACAUCAACACUGAGGGUCUAGAGGACCCAGAGGAGCAGAUGCUGGGGCCCUUUAUCCAGCCAAAUCUGCCACAGGAAGAGCAGUUCCAAGUCAGGGUCAAGCACCUAUGGACCCCCAACGAGCUGUUCCUGUGGCCUUUGGAGGGGGAAGCGGACUUGGAGGUGGAUGGAGAGACUCUGGAGAAGGCUCUAGACCGAAUCAAUGCAAAGCGCUACGGUCUGCAACGACUCACCAACUUUUGUCAUGGCAGUCCCUGUUUGGCAGAGUACAGUGAUGGGAAGUACUAUCGGGCCAAGCUGAUCAAAUUCACCAGCAUUGAGCCUCUCCUGCUCCUGGUCCAGCAUGUCGACUUUGGCUCUGAUGACACUCUGCCCACCAGCAAGCUGCGUCGGAUGCCAGCUGAACUGCUAAGAUUUCCAUCGCAGGCACUCAAGGUCAAAGUCGCUGGCUUCAAGGCUCCGAUUGUGAACAAGCAUGAAAAAGUGCUGCCCUACAGCCCCGGGUGGAGCGUGAAAGCAGCAAUGGACAUGAUCGACAUGUUACACGGCCACAUUACAGCCUCUGUUGUGGCCCGGGACCCAGAACUCAAAGUGCUUUUGUACAAUGAGAAACAAGAGUUGGUCCAUCUUCCUCUCGUGAGCAGCGGACUGGCUGAGUUGGAGUGAAGAAGAGUGGAGACGUUUACUCGCGGGUGACCUGUUCUGGAAGCUUGUGCUAAGUGACUGCCGUUCUAAGUUUUUCCAUAUUAGUGUAGUCUUUACAUUCAGUUAUACCAAAGGGCAGUGGUGUAUUUUGUGUUCCAGUGUGCUCUGUUGACUUUGCACGUUUUCUGUUCAUUUGACUGAAGUGAGACUGACUUGUGUGUGAAGGUCCAGAUUAAAGUCUUCCAAUGCUGUCCAAC